AAAUGUAAAGCUAAAUAAACACUUAUCUUUAAGAGUAAUGAUAUAAGUGAAUAAAAGACCCACUUAUUCAAAAAUGCAGAAAUUGUUAAAACUCAAAUAGGAUCGAAUCUGAAACAAAUAUCACCACCCCAUAUUUAAUUGUGAAAACACAGUAAACACAUGUUAAGUUUACAUACUUUGUUUCAAUAAUAUUACCAUAUUUUCUUUUGGCUAUUAUUCAAAGGAUACAUUGACGAUUGCUUGACCUAUCCUACUCUAACAGAUGAAGAAGUGUUUUGGCUAUAAAAUUAAGUUCAUUAUUUGAAACCAAACACAUCAUAUUCGUUUGAACUUAUCAAUUAAAAAAUAGUAAUAGCUGAAGAAUUUUUUUUUUAAUUAUUAAAAGACUGAGAUGUUGACGAUUAUGGUAUUAUUUAAUAUUAUCAAAGUUGAGAAAAAACAUUGCAUCAGUUCCCAUGAACACAAAGCCAUUCCAAAGCUAUUUUGAGUUGUGAUAAAACUUGAUAUUACCAAAACACGAGUUAGAGAAAGUCCAACGAUUCUCUGUCUUUCUCCCUCUUCCUCAUUUAUCGCCAUGUCUUCCUCUCCACCAUAUUUCUUGACUCGCAAGAAAACAACACAAUCUUCCCCUCAAAAGAAAAAAAAAAACAAAACAAACCCUAAUUCUCUAUCGAAUCUCAAGAACAGAUCAAUAAUCUAAUGUUCCCUUGAUCCGUCCUGAUCUCAAAUCUGUAUCACUGUAUUUCAAGAAAAACUCUGGAAUGGGAAGGAGAAAGUUAUGUUUUCAAGAAACAUUUGUUUCGUUCUUAGUUUCUCUUGUCUUUAUAUUUCAUCGAGGAGUAAUAUGUCAAGAUGAUAGUAGCUUGGAUAAUCCAGCAGCCAAUCGCCUCUAUAACCAAUUCGUCUUCGACAAAAUAUCCAAUCUCACAGAAGUUUUUGAGGAUGACAUCAAACGAGAACUCGGUUUCUGCAUCACCAAUGUAAAAGAAGAUUAUAAUGAAGCGUUUAACUUCUCUUCCAAGCCAGGCUUCUUAAAUAAAUGUGGUAAAACCACAAAAGGUGACAUGAUGCAGAGGAUAUGUACAGCUGCAGAAGUGAGGAUAUACUUCAAUGGAUUAUUAGGAGGUGCAAAGAGAGCUACUAAUUACUUAAAACCGAACAAAAACUGCAAUCUAUCUUCAUGGAUGUCUGGAUGUGAACCUGGAUGGGCUUGUCGUACUGCCAAAGACGUUAAAGUUGACCUUAAAGACGAUAAAAACGUUCCUGUGAGAACUCAGCAAUGUGCGCCUUGCUGCGCAGGUUUCUUCUGCCCUCGUGGGAUUACUUGCAUGAUACCUUGUCCUUUGGGAGCUUAUUGUCCAGAAGCUAAGCUGAACAGAACAACAGGACUAUGCGACCCAUAUCAUUACCAGCUUCCUUCAGGACAGCCAAAUCAUACUUGUGGUGGUGCUGAUAUAUGGGCUGAUAUUGUUAGUAGCAGUGAAGUUUUCUGCUCAGCUGGAUCUUUUUGUCCUUCAACUAUUGACAAGCUUCCUUGUACUAGAGGACAUUUCUGCAGGACAGGUUCUACUGCUGAAAAAAAUUGUUUUAAGCUGGCAACAUGCAAUCCAAGAUCAACAAAUCAGAACAUCACAGCAUAUGGAAUCAUGCUUUUUGCUGGGCUAGGUUUCUUGCUCAUAAUCUUAUACAACUGCUCUGAUCAAGUGCUUGCUACAAGAGAAAGAAGGCAAGCAAAGUCCAGGGAGAAAGCAGUACAAAGCGUGCGUGAGACGCAAACGCAAGAGAAAUGGAAAUCAGCCAAAGAUAUUGCAAAGAAGCAUGCCACCGAGCUGCAACAAUCAUUUUCAAGGACAUUUUCUAGGAGAAAAUCAAUGAAACAGCCUGAUCUGAUGAGAGGUCUAAGCCAAGCAAAGCCUGGAUCAGAUGCUGCUUUACCACCAAUGGCAGGAGGAAGCUCAGACACAACCAAAAAGGGAAAGAAGAAGGAUAAGAACAAACUAACUGAGAUGUUACAAGACAUUGAACAAAACCCUGGAGACACUGAAGGUUUUAAACUCGAGAUUGGUGAUAAAAACAUUAAAAAACAUGCUCCGAAAGGCAAGUCACUGCAUACGCAGAGCCAGAUGUUUAGGUAUGCUUAUGGACAGAUUGAAAAGGAGAAGGCUAUGCAGGAGCAGAACAAGAACUUGACAUUCUCUGGAGUCAUCUCUAUGGCUAAUGACAUUGAGAUAAGAAAGAGACCAACCAUUGAAGUUGCAUUCAAAGAUCUUACUAUUACUCUGAAAGGUAAAAACAAACAUCUCAUGAGAUGUGUGACUGGGAAGCUAUCACCUGGACGUGUUUCAGCUGUGAUGGGUCCUUCAGGAGCCGGGAAGACCACUUUCCUAACAGCUUUGACAGGCAAAGCAGCAGGUUGCACCAUGACUGGGAUGAUUCUAGUAAACGGCAAAGUUGAAUCAAUUCAAUCUUACAAGAGAAUCAUUGGCUUUGUGCCUCAAGAUGACAUAGUCCAUGGGAACUUGACAGUGGAGGAGAAUCUCUGGUUCAGUGCAAGAUGCAGGCUCCCUGCGGAUCUCCCUAAGCCUGAAAAGGUUUUAGUUGUGGAAAGAGUCAUAGAGUCACUAGGUCUGCAACAUGUCAGAGACUCUAUGGUUGGUACUGUGGAAAAGAGAGGAAUCUCUGGAGGUCAGAGGAAAAGAGUCAAUGUUGGUCUUGAAAUGGUGAUGGAACCAUCACUUCUGAUAUUAGAUGAACCAACUUCAGGUCUUGACAGUUCAUCUUCUCAGUUACUUCUUAGAGCUUUGCGCCGUGAAGCUCUUGAAGGAGUGAAUAUCUGUAUGGUUGUUCACCAGCCAAGCUACACUCUCUUUAGGAUGUUUGAUGAUCUAAUACUUUUGGCAAAAGGUGGAUUAAUAUGUUACCAAGGAUCAGUCAAGAAAGUUGAAGAAUACUUUUCAAGCCUUGGGAUAGUUGUCCCUGAGCGUGUGAAUCCUCCUGAUUACUACAUUGAUAUAUUGGAAGGGAUACUGAAGCCAAGCACAAGCUCAGGGGUUACCUAUAAGCAGCUUCCGGUUAGAUGGAUGCUUCAUAAUGGGUAUCCAGUUCCUUCGGACAUGCUCAAAAGCAUUGAAGGGAUGGCUUCUGCUGAGAACUCUGCUCAUGGUGGAAGUGCUCACGGGAGCGUUGUGGGAGAUGAUGGAACAUCUUUCGCUGGAGAGUUCUGGCAAGAUGUCAAGGCAAAUGUUGAAAUCAAGAAAGAUACCUUGCAGAACAACUUCAGUAAUUCUGGUGACUUGUCUCAAAGACAAGUUCCUGGUGUGUAUCAGCAGUUCAGAUACUUCUUAGGAAGGUUAGGUAAACAGAGACUGCGAGAAGCAAGGACACUAGCUGUAGAUUACCUAAUACUUUUGCUUGCGGGUAUCUGCUUAGGAACACUUGCUAAAGUGAGUGAUGAAACUUUUGGUGCCAUGGGGUAUACAUAUACAGUCAUUGCUGUCUCUCUCUUAUGUAAGAUUACUGCAUUGAGAUCUUUCUCUCUUGAUAAACUACACUACUGGAGAGAAAGCCGAGCAGGAAUGAGCAGCCUAGCUUACUUCCUAGCAAAAGACACAGUUGAUCACUUCAAUACCAUUGUCAAGCCUCUCGUUUAUCUCUCCAUGUUCUACUUCUUCAACAAUCCAAGAUCGUCCGUUGGAGACAACUACAUUGUCCUAAUCUGUCUUGUCUACUGUGUAACUGGCAUAGCUUAUGCCCUGGCCAUACUUUUUGAACCUGGUCCUGCUCAACUGUGGUCAGUGUUGCUUCCUGUGGUUCUGACUCUAAUAGCCACCAGUACAAACGAUAACAAAAUUGUAGAGUCAAUCUCAGAGUUGUGCUACACGAGAUGGGCUCUUGAAGCAUUUGUGGUAUCAAACGCUCAAAGAUAUAAAGGAGUCUGGCUUAUCACUCGCUGUGGAUCACUGAUGGAGAAUGGCUACAACAUCAAGCACUUCCCUCGUUGCCUCAUCUUCCUGACAUUAACCGGCAUCUUGAGCCGCUGUGCAGCGUUCUUUUGUAUGGUAACUUUCCAAAAGAAGUAGCUUUAAGCUUCUUCUAUGCAUGCAAAACUAUAUUGGACGGAUCAAUAGUGAACAUAGAGAAGCCACAAAGGUUUUACAGGAAAAAACAAUACACAAUUAUUGCAGAAGAUCAUAACACGGUACACUGUUCAUAGGUAGUUCCAUCACCAGAGUUCAAGAUUUUCUUACCUGUAAUUCUUCAUGUUGUACAUCUUUCUUUUGUUUUAUAGAUUUAACGUAGAUCAUCAUCGGGUUGCUAUCAAUUCUGUUUUAUACACCAAGUAAAAAUGUAGAAGUACAUAGAAGAACCAAUGAAAAACCUUCAAGAACUUCCAUUACUUUCUUGGCUUAAAAGUUAAUAACAAUGGUAAUUUGUUUUCCUUUUUUU